UCCAAUGAGAGCAGCCGGCGGAUUGUGCAGAGCCGCAGCCCGGCAGUGCGCACAGGCCGAGGGAAGUAGCUGCGCGCGUGCGCCCUGGGCUGCGUCGAGCGUCGCGGCGCCCGGCGUCUACACGUGCUGCGGGGAGCUAGGGCGUCGCGCCGGCCUGCCAGCGCGCGCUGCACCAUGUCGCUGGCGAGUUCGGUGCUGUGUUCGGUGCUCAGGGGCUGUCCCGAGUCCUCGGAGAUGUUCCCCGAGAUGUGGCAAGACAUCGAGAGCAUGUUCAUGAGCCAGCCUUCUCCGCCGCAGGCCUCGCCAGUCAGCAUGUACAUGUCCGGGAGUCUGCAGAGGGAAGAAGAGCUGUCCAGCAUGGAGACGUCCCAGCACGAGGUCGCGCCAGGCUACACAGAAUUCACCGAGGCUCAACAGUUGAACGUCCAAGGAGAGGAGUUCGUCGAUCUAGACAUGCUGAUCAACUUCGCGGCCGAACAGCACAGUUUCUACACACAGCCGGCUCCCCAAAUGCUCAACCAGAAGUGCGACAACGAAGGCGAGAUCCCUCAAAACGUGAAAAUGGACCCGUUGCCCACGUGCGACUUCUCCAACUCGCACCUGAGGUUAGGUGACUUGCCGGCGGGCUACGAAGAGUCUCCGGCCGUCGUGAUGGAGGGUCCCCAUGCGCAGCAGCAGGUCGCCUACAACCACGGUCAGAUAUCUCCCCCGGCCAGCCCCGAGAACCAGGACUGUUUCAAGUGCGCGGUUCCCCAGCCCGCCUCUGACGCGCGCCAGAGGAUACCUCCCGCCCCCGCCCUCAAGAUCAUGACUCCCCCGUCGUCGCCGAACCUGGUGGACUUGUUCUGUCCGCAGCAGCGCGCCUCGCCCCCUCACCCGGCCUUCCUGGGGGCGGUGGACUGCGCGCCGCCGCCCAUCCACCACCGGCAGAAGCGCGGCCGUCGCAGCUGCGGCCGCAAGAAGCUCACCACGCACACCUGCUCGCAGCCGGGCUGCGGCAAGACCUACACCAAGUCGUCGCACCUCAAGGCGCACCUGCGCACGCACACGGGCGAGAAGCCCUACCAGUGCGGCUGGAAGGGGUGCGGCUGGAAGUUCGCGCGCUCCGACGAGUUGACGCGCCACUACCGCAAGCACACCGGCGACCGGCCCUUCCAGUGCCGCCUGUGCGAGCGGGCCUUCUCGCGCUCCGACCACCUCUCGCUGCACAUGAAGAGGCACGUGAGCGUGUAACCUGCCGACUCCUCGCCCCAGCAGACUGAUCUCUGUCACGUGGACUGUGUUUCCCUGUGUGCCGUGUCUCCCCCGGGGAACAUCUGUACUGUUUCUGACGAGAGGUUACCAAAUAACCUCAUUCUUGAUCCGAACUUCAAGCGAUGACUCUGCAAUGGACAAAAGGGAGAGUAAUUGUGAAAUAGACACAUGUCUCUAUUGUGGAAAUUCUGAUGUUAGCUCUUUAAUUACAUCUUUCGCUUAUCAAAUGUAAAUGUUCUAAGUUAACUAAAGGGAGUAUUUAAAUUAAAUGACGGAUAUGGUGGAAAAUUUAUGUGGAAACAUUUUCGGGACUAAUUUCCCAAGAAUAAAUGAAGUUGUUAAAAUAGUAAUUAUGCUAGAACCAAUUUAUUACAUCGGAUAUUAGGAAAUUUGUUAGUAUUGAAGUCUUACCUAUGUAUUGUUACCUCAUUUUUUUUUCUUAGAAAGCAAUAUUGAUCAAUCAAUUUAGCACUCUCUGAAGAUGUCACGAAUCCAAAAAUUGCAUUUAAACAAUGUGAAGUUUAUGGUAUAUAAUUGCUCUUGUAAAUUUUAUGUUGUCGUUUGAUGAUAUCAGAAUGCAGGUUGAUGUUUUAUGGACCAUGUAUCGUAUAAUUUUAAGAACUUUCAAAUAAAAUUUGAGUGUGUUUUGCAUUUAAGUUUUGUCAUCACUUUGAAAGAGAAUUCUUUUCUUUUUAUUCUUAAUAGUUUUUAUUAAUCAUAUAUAUUACGAAAUUAUUAGAAUUAUCUAUUACGACACAGUGAUAAAUAUCGAUUAUAAUUUUUUUAGUUACAAUUGGUACACUUGGUAUCAACAAAUUUUAGUUUUUAAUUUCUAAACUUAAAGAGAUGUUGUUUUUUCUACAUCUUAGUGUAACAUUGUAAACAUUUCUGUAAUUUUAAUUAUACUGAAAAAUUUGUUGAUAACUAUACAAUAAUUUCAGUUAAAAACACAAAACUUUCAAUAAACUAUUGAUUAAAUCCAGUAAAUUAAUUCAUGAUUAUUGCAAAUUUAUGAAUACGAACGAAACUUAGCAAAGUUAUUUUAUGAGACACUCUCAAAAACAAAGAGGAUUUUAGUUAGUAUGAUCUUUCUGUGGUUAGAAUUCUGCAUUAUUGAUUACUUACAUUCUAAUCCAGUAAAAAAAUAUUUGUAAGGAUGUGUCAUUCAAUUCAAAAGUGAACCUGGUUCAUAAAAAGAUUAAUUAAUUUUUUAAAUAGUAUCUUAAAAUUUUUAGAUGUUUUCAAUAAAGAAAGCAAAUAUUUAAAGAUAAUUAUCUUUUUUUAAUACAUUUUAUGUUGGUAUUACUCUUUGCAGUUCCACCCAGAUGGGAGAGAAAGUACACUGUAACUUGGACUCCAGCGACUUAGAUGUCAGAUGAAGAAAUAUAAAUUGUUUAACUACUGUCA